ACUACUUACCAACAAAUGUCGUUGCUAUCAUUUUUCCUCGCUGGAUCGCGUCGCAUACACGGCAUCCAUGGGUAACCAACAGCAAUGCCAGAUCAUCACCGCGACUGCAGUUAUGUUGCUGGCGGUCGGUGGCAUUCUUCUGACCGUCAUUCCCACUGAAGACAUCAAAGAGCCAGCACAGUUCAUGUAUGGCAUAGUCUUGGAUGCUGGGUCCUCCCAUACAGCCAUGUUCAUCUACAGAUGGCCAGCAGACAAGCAAAACGGUACAGGCGUUGUGAGUCAACACUCAGAGUGUCAUGUUAAAGGAGGUGGGAUCUCCAGUUAUGCGGGUAUUAAAGGAGGAGCAGCCCAGAGCCUUCAGGAAUGUAUGGAACAAGCUGUUCACAACAUCCCCAAACCUAGACACAAACUUACUCCUCUGUAUCUUGGGGCCACAGCAGGCAUGAGACUGUUGAAUAUUUCUAAACCCAAAGAGUCAAAUGAGAUUUUGAAAGAAGUGGGAGAUAAGCUGAAGUCCUACCCGUUCAGCUUUAAAGGAGCCACGAUUUUAAGUGGACAAGAGGAGGGAGCCUAUGGAUGGGUCACAGUCAACUACCUGCUUGAGAACUAUAUUAAGUAUGGUUUUGUGGGUCACUGGCUGUCCCCAGGCAGACCCACGAUCGGUGCACUAGACUUUGGUGGAGCUUCGACUCAGAUCACUUUUGUGACUGAAGAAACCAUAGAGAACAAGGAUAAUUUCAUGAAAUUGCAGCUGUAUGGGAAAGACUAUAAGAUUUACACCCAGAGCUUUCUGUGCUAUGGGAGAGAUCAGGUGUUACUCAGACUGCUGGCACAUCUGAUAAUGACUCAAGGAUCAGACAGCUCUGUAGUUCACCCCUGCUAUCCUGCAGGUUACAGUGACUCUGUAAAGCUGAGCAGCGUGUUUGAUACUCCAUGCGUUAACAGACAAACUCCUUAUAAACCUGAUGACAACCUGCAAAUUACUGGUACUGGAGACUACAAUCAGUGUCUGGGAAAUGUUUCUCGUCUCUUUUCUUUCAACAACUGUUCUUAUUCCAAAUGCUCUUUUGAUGGAGUCUUCCAGCCCAACAUUACAGGAAACUUCAUGGCAUUUUCUGCAUUCUUCUACACUCAUUCAUUCCUUCAAGAAACUACUGGCAUCACCAUCACCUCCCCAGCACACUUCAAGCACGCUGCCCGUGCUGUCUGCAACAUGAGCUUUCAAGAGAUAAACACUAAGGUUCCGAAUCAGGGAAACCGUUUGAAGGAUUACUGUGCAGUCUCCAUCUUUGUCCAGGAGCUCCUGAUAAAUGGAUAUGGCUUUAAUAAUUUCUCCUUCCCACACAUAUCUUUCCAGAGAAAGGCGGGAGAGACCUCUGUUGGCUGGUCCCUUGGCUACAUGCUAAGUUUAAGCAACCUGCUUCCUGCCGAAGAUUUAUCUCUGAGAAAAGGACUGAAUCCUCAUGCCUGGAAUGCCCUGGUCUUCAUUUUUUCAUUCCUUCUUAUAAUGGCUAUAUUUUUUCUGCUGCGUGCUAACUGUAAGAAAGAAAGUGGUAAGAAAGAAAGUAGUGAUGGUAUUGUUUAAUUACAAACACAAGGCACUGAAUGUAUUACAUUGCUCGCCUUGUAUAUUAUUAUGCGUUGAAGACGCAUAAUAAUCUGUCCUUAGUGAAGAUAGUGGCCAACCUCUACUGUUUACAAUACAACAAAAAUUAUGAUGCAAAAGAAGUGUGUAAGCAUUUUGUACUUUUCAUCAACAUUUCAGCAAUUUAUUUCUUAUUAGUGAUAUUUUAGGAGAGAUUUUGCCAGUUUUGAUUGAAACAGAGGAUGUUUUGCCAGUGUUUUUAUUUGUGCUACUUUGUCUUUUUUUAAAUGAAUGUGGUUUUAUGUGAAUUUAGGUAAGGUAUGCCUACUGUGCCUUAAAGGGAUGGUUCGCUCAAAAAUGAAAUUUCUCAUUUAUUCACCCUCAUAUUGUUCUGAUGAACACAAAGGAAGAUAUUGAUAAAUGUUUGUAAAAGAUCAAAAACCCCAUUGACUUCAAUAGUAUUUUUUCCCACUAUGGAUGUCAAUGGGGCUUCUUAUCGGUUUGCUUACAAACAUUCCUUAAUCCUUUGUGUUCAUCAGAACAGAUACAUUUAUUUAGGUUUGUAACAACAUGAGAUUGAAUAAAUGAUGACAGAAUUUUCAUUUUUUGGGUGAACUAUCCCUUUAACAAAAGCAAUUGUUUGCUUAAUGUUUCUUGUGUAGCAUUCUGUAUGAUUCAAUAUGAAGUUAAAGACACUGAAAUGUUCAAAAUAGAAGUUUUAUAUGUAUACCAAAAUGAAUUGCAGUUUUGAAAACUGUAUUGCUUCUGUUUCUGCUGAAUAAUGCAAAGUUGUGUAUGUCAUUAAAUUAUCACAUUUAAUAAC